AUGGGACGAAUAUAUAAAUCAGCUGAAAAAAGUCGCAAAUACUGCUAUUAUUCGGAAAGCACGAUUCAAAAAGCUCUGUCAGAGGUUAAAAGAAAUAAAUUAAGCAUUCGAAAAGCAUCUGAAAAAUAUAAUGUACCCAAGAGCACAUUAAGCGAUCACCUGAAAAUUCAAAAUGUUAAAAAAUUUGGUAGACCAACAGCAAUCAGUGUUGAAGAUGAAAAAUAUCUUUUGGAUAGUUUACUUUUAUGCUCAGAAUGGGGAUUUCCAAUGAAGAUUUUAGACACCAGAUUAAUUGUGCAAUCGUAUUUAGAACGUUCUGGGAAAGUAGUCAAGGUAUUCAAAAACAAUUUGCCAGGAAAAGAUUGGGUUCGAAAUUUUUUGAAACGAAAUCCAGCUUUGACUGUACGUUUUUGCGAAAAUAUAAAAAGAUGUCGUGCUAAGGUUUCACCAGAAGAAAUAAAUUUAUUUUAUGAUAAUUUGGAAAAAACACUAGCUGAUGUUCCUCCUGCAAACAUCGUUAAUUAUGACGAAACGAAUUUCACUGAUGAUCCAGGUUCUGUAAAAGUAAUCGUUAAACGCGGAACACGACACCCAGAACGUAUACUAGACUCAAGUAAAUCUAGUAUUAGUGUGAUGAUGGCAGUUACUGGAGACGGAAAAAUGCUGCCACCAUAUACAGUAUACAAAGCUAAAAACCUUUAUCCGACGUGGAUAGAAGGAGGUGUUCCAGGUGCGAGAUACAACAGAAGUGUCAGUGAAUCUUCCUGGUCGCAAAGUACUGUUCGGAGACAAUCUAGCAAGUCACAUAUCUCCAUUGGUCAUUGA